AUGGCUAGGAGAGACAAGCUUCCUAAAGAUUUUACAAAGAAGCUUCAAGUGAUUGUUCACCGAAUUCAGGGACUGUACGGUGGUCUCAGCACUGCCCUAGUUGGAAUAGUAGCCACUAACUUUCUCUACUACUACUUCUAUGAAUAUACCGGCAAUAAACUCAAAGGUAGAGCAGGUAAGUUUUCCGAUCUAAAAGGCCUCAGUGCUAGAGAAAGCAUAAUUGCUGGGCUGGUCGGAGGUGUUGUAUCGCGUAUUGUGACGAACCCUAUUUGGGUGGCUAAUACUAGAAUGGCUGUGGCUCAGGGUCGCGCUGGUAACGUCCUUCAUGUGAUCUACGAUAUCAUUAAGAACGAAGGAUGGAAGAAAUUAUUUGCGGGAUUGACACCUGCACUUGCACUAGUUCUUAAUCCUAUUAUUCAGUAUACCAUCUUUGAACAGUUGAAAACUGCAUUUGUUACCAGAAAGAGAAGAGCUUUGACUGCUGUUGAUGCAUUGUAUUUGGGUGCAUUUGGAAAGCUUGUAGCCUCUUUGAUCACCUAUCCUUCGUACACUGUGAGAUCCAGAAUGCACAUGAACAAAGGCUCAUCCAAAACCAUUGAUCGUAUGGUGCUAGACAUCAUACAUAAUGAGGGUGUAUCCUCAUUUUACAAAGGCUUGGGCCUUAAGUUGAUCCAGGGAACUGUAUGCUCUGCCUUCUUAUUCUAUUUUAAAGAAGAAUUUGUCAUUCAGGCUCAGCUCUUACUUAAAGCACUUAAAAGAAGACGAAGCCCUGUCUAUUAA